AUGCCCGUCAACGACUACGGCGUUUGGAAGGGGAUGCCCGUUCAUUAUGAGUAUGAAGACCGUUACGAAGACCCAAAGUCCCCACAUCUAUCGCUCUACUACCAUGAUAACCACGAGAUGGAGCCACAAUUUGACCGCCAGUUUCGUCAGAAACACAAACACAAACCUCCAAAUAAGUCUAGGCCGAAGGAAAUUCCUGGGCUCUUCCGCGCUGCGAUCAAUAUCAAAUCUGUUGAUCGGGAUUCUCGACUUGCUUACUGGGUGAAUUAUAACAUCGUUGAGCACCCAAUUGUCCAAAAGCUAGCCGACCUGGAUUUCGGCUUUCACUCUCUCGAGGAGCUUGAUGGCCAAGGACUAGACUAUAUCCGAUCUGGCCUGUUUGAUACUAAGAGUGGUCGUGUGCUUCCCCAUGACAUUCCCGGCCCAAACAAUGAUAUUAUUGAUGUCUUGGUGCCUGAAAUCCAGCAAUCAAUUGAGAAACAGGCAGAUAUUUACAUUUUUGGCUCCUGUUUCAAUACAAGAAAUGGAAUGCACAAUGUGCACAUGAACCAGGGCAACAUAGAGAAAUUCCGUCAAGAUGAUGGAAUUUUCCAGGAUGGAGGCCUUCUCAUCCAUUAUAAGGACACCGGUCUAUGGACUGGGCUUUUUCUCGCUUUUGCAUCACAAGCUAUGCACACUGACAACAGGACCGGUCAUGCUAUAUCGCCACUGACAUGGGGCGCAUUCCUACCCAAAGAACUCACUGAGAAUUCAGUUGCUAUCAAGGAAGCAUUUAUCAAAAAGCGGAAAUCAGUCACUCUUGCGAACCUUACAAGCCACAAGGUAUCCCUGACAUCGUGGCAACUGCAUAACUCAGCUGGUCAAGUUCAAGGGCUUCCUGGUGAUGCAGCUUUGAACUCCAUGGCUACCAGAAGCUUUGAAGUACCAAAUCUCCCACUCUCAGACGACGGUGACACUAUUACUCUUCUUAAUGAACAUGGGUUGAAGGUUGAUGGCCUCCCGUCCCCCAAAGGUCCCAACAGCCCCGUUGCUCGGCACGAAGCCGCAUUGUUGACAGAGGCAAAAAAUCAUCUGAUAGAAUUUGGCGGCAUGCGUCGAAGCGAAGACUUUAACCGCAAUAUCCUCCCGCUCUCGCGUCCACUGAUCCAGGCCAUCGGUCAUCGAAUGGCGUUAGAAGCAGCGAAGGGGACAAACAUUGACUCCAAGCUUCGCGCUCUCUACGAAAGCGGUGUUAUUCUGGAAGAUUCCGCAUGGUACACGGAGCAGGGAGGCAUCAGCCGGAGAGCCCAGAGGGAGAUGGAAGCCCAAGCUGCCGAUGCAUUACUCCCAAACCUAGAAAAGCUGGUAUAUGAAACAGGAGCGGCCAUACAGUAG